AGAGCGAGAAAGAAAGGAAAAGAUACCUUUCCGGGGAAACCGAUAUUUGCAGCCGGCAGGGAUCUUCCAACACGACUACUGUUGUGGACAUGGCUCUUCAAAAGCCAUUGUGGAUUCAAGGUCACAUGGUUAUAGCUCCCUCCGCCGUCAGCCGCUCUUUUUUACCCCAAAAACCGGACACGAGGAGAGUCUGCAGGCUUCUUCUUCCUCACUCGGAUAAAGCAGCAGCUGCCUGUCUUACCAAGUCAUCUGCUGACCCGGCACCACUGUGGAAGAAGCUCAACCUAAAGCAUUUGGCAAGGAAUAGUUUUGUGGUGCAGUCUUCUCAGAUAGAUGCUGCUGAACAUCGAGAUGCUGGGCAAGAAGUUUGCAACAACCGGAGGAAGGAAAGUGGUGACAGCGAAGAAGAAGAAGAUAGUGAUGAAGAUGAUGACAUUGAUGACAGACCAUUUAUAGAUCAAAAAGAGAGGUGGGAGAUGAGGAGGAAAAUACGUCAAAUUAUUGAUGCCAAUCCUAGUGUAGAGGAAGAACGUGGACCUGAAGAGAAGAAAAAGCUGAUGGAACAGCUUCUAAGUGAAUACCCUCUUGUUGUUGAUGAGGAGGAUCCAAAUUGGCCGGAAGAUUCUGAUGGCUGGGGAUUCAACUUGUCGCAGUUUUUUAAUAAGGUAACUAUAAAGAAUGUCAGGAAGGAUGAUGAAGACUAUGACAGCGAAAAGGAAAUUGAGUGGCACGAUGAUAAUUAUAUCCGAGCAGUGAAAGAUAUCAGUAGCAAAGAAUGGGAGGAGACAGUCUUCAAGGACAUUAGCCCGCUGAUCAUUCUUGUUCACAAUCGAUACAAAAGGCCAAAGGAAAACGAAAGGGCAAGAAAUCACUUGGAGAAGGCAGUACAAAUUUUCUGGGAUUCGGGAUUACCUUCACCUAGAUGUGUCGCCAUAGAUGCUGUUGUAGAGGAUGACCUCGUUGCAGCUUUGAAGAUCUCUACCUUCCCUGAACUCCUCUUUACCAAAGCUGGCAAAAUAUUCUAUCGUCAGACAGUGAUCUCAAAUGCAGAUGAACUGUCUAAGAUAAUGGCAUUCUUCUACUAUGGGGCAACACGGCCUGCUUGCCUUAGUGAAACUGAUGGCGAGGUCAAAGAACUGAUUCCUGCACUGCCAGGGAGAUCGUGAUACGUAGUUGGCAAGGGGUGGAAUUAGCCAUCAAAUUAUUUUCUGAGUGCAUAUAUUGUCUGUUUAUGAUUGAGUAGAUAAACACUCAGAAUGAAGAUGGAAGAUAGCAGAAAAAAAGGCGGUUGCUAUGUGCAUCAAUCUGUAACUCCAGUCAGGGCAGCUUAGCUGCAUAUAGCAGUUGCUUACAUGAAGCAAAUAUGCAUCUUCUGUGAAAAGGAAGCGAGGGUAUGAAGAGUUGAAACCAGAUGGUAGUGACCAUGUGUAAGCAUCGACCUUGAGCUAUAUUGCCAAGAGGGCUCUUAGAAGAGCUCAAAAAAUGCAGCGCAGAACCAUGAGCUAUGUUGCCAAGAGCACUGUUUGAACCAUGAUCUAUACUGCCAAGAGAACUCGAUAUACUGACAUGGAUCGAAUAUGACGAAGGGUUGACGGUUCUUGCCCUUGGCUGUCAUAAACAUUGUCAUAAUGGCGUCAUUUCAAAUGCAAAUUGAAAAAAAAAAAAAGAAUGUAACAUGAUAAGCUUUCAUCUCUUGGGGAUCAAAAUCCAAUCACAACUACCAAAUAGUUCUGAUAUAAGGUAUUUGAAGAUUUCGCAUA